AUGUGGAGACGAACCUACUUACUCCUCCUGCUGAUCCGUGUUUAUUUUGCCCUCUCUCCAAGCUAUCUUCAUCCUGAUGAGAAUUUCCAGGGCCCGGAGGUCGUUGCAGGGCGCAUAUUCUCAUUUCCAUCCAAGCUACCCUGGGAAUUCACCGUCGACAAUCCGAUUCGCAGCGCCUUUCCACUAUGGCCCGUCUACGAUGUGCCCAUGAGCCUGUUGAAAUGGUUCUAUACCGAGCUCGGGACGGGACAUCCUCCUCCAGAUGUGAUUUUUUAUUUCCUCCGAGGGGUCAUGUUUCUGUUGAGCUUCGUACUGGAGGACUGGGCCAUCUAUGAGUUGGUGCCCUCCCCGCGCCAGCGCCGAGCAACUGUGGUGCUGGUCGCAUCCUCGUACGUCACCUGGACUUAUCAGACGCACACCUUCUCCAACUCCCUCGAGACGCUGUUGGUUGCUUGGGGUCUGGUGUUGAUCCGUCGCAUUGUUGAGAACAAGCGUCGCUCGUCUUUUUUCUCCUGCGCGGUCUUGUCUUUUAUUGCCGUCGCCGGCGUCUUCAACCGGAUCACUUUUCCAGCCUUUCUUAUCAUUCCUGGCCUGCAAUUGUUGCCUCAUUUUCGGCGCAAGCCGAUUGCCCUCGUUUCCUUUAUUGGCUUUGGCCUAUUCUUCACUAGCGUCGCUAUCCUCGUCGACACGGCCUUCUACAGACCUUCGAUCUCCAUUCGGAAUGCCCUUCGCGCUCCUGUAAUCACCCCACUUAAUAACCUCUUCUACAACUCCAAUUCCUCCAACUUGGCUCUCCAUGGACUCCAUCCUCACUACCAGCACUUCAUAGCCAACCUCUUCCAGCUUCUCGGGCCUGCCUAUGUCAUGAUGAUCUGGUCGCUCUUCAGUCGACCGAUCAUCCCACCGUGGCUGCGAAAUAUGCGUGCCGCCUCUGCCAUAUCGGCGACUGCUAUCCUUUCCAUCUUCCCUCACCAAGAACCUCGCUUCUUGAUCCCAUGCGUUCCUCUCCUUCUCAGCUGCUUCAAAAUGCCUAUGUCGCGCGUGCUAUUAGCAAUUUGGGUGAUCUUUAAUGCCGCUCUCGGAUUUCUCAUGGGGGUUUACCAUCAAGGUGGCGUGGUUCCCACCCAACUUGCGAUACCUUCUAUUAUUUCGACCAAUGUGCGGGCACUCGACAGAACAUUGGAGCCAAACACCAAGACCCCCGCGACUGUGUUUUGGUGGAAGACAUACUCCCCACCGCUAUGGCUACUAGGAGACAACGCCAGCCUAUCCUUAGACAUCAAAACUCGGGAUUUUAUGGGUAUCCCUGGGGCAGAUCUGAUCCAGGAACUCGAAAACGCAGUACCCACCUGUCCAUCUAACAACCAAGACCCGGAGAAUCCAGAAUCAGUUCCAGAGACGGAAAACAAAGAUUCCAUCUUCGUGGUCGCUCCCAAGUCCGCUACCUUCCUCGACAAGUACACUGCAUCGAGCCAGUCAGAAGAGCAAAUCCCCAAUAUCCAACUUCACGAGCUGUGGACUUAUAGGAACCAUCUCAAUCUUGAUGAUUUGGAUUUCGGUGAUGACGGCAUCAUCCCGACUCUGACUAGAGUGAUUGGCCGACGAGGACUCACCGUCUGGUCUGUCAAACGGACCGGGUGCAAUUAG